CGUCAGUUCGCGUUGGCUUCGCCCAGGGUUCCUCCACUUGAGUGAGCGAUGAAGUCAUACACCACUUACUUCAUGCUCCUGUGGAUCGCCGUGGGGCUCACCAAGGCUGCCAAAAUCAUCGUGGUGCCGCCCAUCAUGUUCGAGAGCCACAUGUACAUUUUCAAGACGCUGGCCUCGGCCUUGCAUGAGCAGGGCCACCACACCGUGUUCCUGCUGUCAGAGGGCCGUGACAUCGCGCCGUCCCAGCACUACCGGCUGCAGCGCUACCCAGGCCUCUUCAACAGCACCACGUCGGAUGCUUUUUUGCAGUCCAAGAUGCGGAACAUCUUCUCAGGCAGGCUGACGGCCAUCGAGCUCUUCGACAUUCUGGACCACUACACGCAGAACUGCGAUAUGAUGGUGGGGAACCGGGAAUUGAUCCGGGGACUGAAAAGGGAGAAAUUCGACUUGUUGCUGGUGGACCCCAAUGACAUGUGUGGGUUUGUGAUUGCACACUUGCUGGGGGUGAAGUACGCUGUGUUCUCCACGGGCCUCUGGUACCCAGCAGAAGUGGGCGCUCCUGCCCCACUGGCUUAUGUCCCCGAGUUCAACUCGAUGCUUACCGACCACAUGACGUUGCUGCAGAGGAUGAAGAACAUGGGUGUGUACCUCAUCUCCAGGCUGGGGGUCAGCUUCCUGGUCUUGCCCAAGUAUGAAAAGAUAAUGCAGAAGUACAACCUGCAGCCUGAGAAGUCCAUGUAUGACCUGGUCCAUGGUUCCAGCCUCUGGAUGCUGUGCACGGACGUGGCGCUGGAGUUCCCCCGGCCCACACUGCCCAAUGUGGUGUAUAUAGGGGGCAUCCUCACCAAGCCUGCAGGACCGCUCCCAGAAGAUCUUGAAUGGUGGGUGAAUAGUGCUAAGGAACAUGGCUUUGUCUUGGUAUCCUUUGGAGCUGGAGUCAAGUAUCUGUCAGAAGACAUUGCCCUCAAGCUGGCCGGAGCUCUGGGGAGAUUGCCCCAGAAAGUGAUUUGGAGGUUUUCUGGAACCAAACCAAAGAAUCUAGGGAACAACACGAAGCUCAUUGAAUGGUUACCACAAAAUGACCUCUUGGGGCACUCAAAUAUUAAAGCCUUCCUGAGCCAUGGAGGUUUGAAUAGUAUUUUUGAAACCAUGUACCAUGGUGUACCCGUGGUGGGAAUCCCACUCUUCGGAGACCAUUAUGAUACAAUGACUCGGGUCCAGGCCAAAGGCAUGGGGAUCUUGCUGGAGUGGAAGACUGUCACUGAAGGGGAGCUCUAUGAAGCUCUGGUCAGCGUCAUCAAUAAUCCCAGCUACCGUCAGAGAGCCCAGAAGCUGUCAGAAAUCCACAAGGAUCAGCCGGGCCACCCAGUCAACAGGACCAUCUACUGGAUUGAUUACAUCUUGCGUCAUAACGGAGCCCGUCACUUGCGUUCUGCCGUGCACCAGAUUUCUUUCUGUCAAUACUUUUUACUAGAUAUUGCCUUUGUGCUUUUGCUGGGUGCUGCCUUGUGUUAUUUCCUCUUGUCCUGGGUGACAAAAUUUAUCUUCAGGAAAGUCACGAGUCUGUGGUCUAGAAAUAAGCAAAGCACCGUUAAUGGACAUUACCAUAACGGGAUCCUCAAUGGCAAGUACAAAAGAAAUGGUCAUGUUAAACAUGAAAAGAAGGUGAAAUGAGCCCAUUCCCCAGAAAGAGAAACAUACCUGUUCAGUCACUGAGUUUCUGUCACUAUAAUUUAGUCUAACCAACAACUAAAAAUGUCAGAUGUCAGUAAACCAUUCUAACACUCCCUCCGAAAAUCUCACUAAUGAAAUUCUGUGGAAUUAAGGUGGCUGUACAAAGCACAAAGCUAAACAAACAAAGCUGUAUUUUUAUUUCAGUACUGAUGCAGAGAGUUUGGGCAUUGAACCUUUUUGAAGCCUUAAUUAUUUAAAUCGAGUAAGUGACCAGGUCAGUCUGUAGUUUGAAAUCCUGCUAUUUGUGUGUCCCAGAUAAGGAAGGAUUUCUCUUAACAGGGUUGUGUGUAUGUGUGUGUGUGGAAUUAUUUCUCUUAGAAGGGGUGCUCUGUGUGUGUGUGUGUGUGUGUGUGUGUGUGUGUGUGUGUGUAGGAUCAAUUGUUGAAAUAUUUCUUUUCUAGAAUUUAAUCGUUUUUGAACUCAGAAUCUUUCUCCCACUUUUUCUUCAAAGCUGAAUGAAUGCAGAAGAGUAAAAUGGAAAGAGAAGUGGCACCAGUUUUCGUUUUGUACCUUUUUCUAAUUUUAAUGUUUUUAAUGUGUUUUUUUCUUUUCUUAAAGACUGUAUGCUUCUGGGGGGGGCAGGGAAGUUUGUAUGCUAUUAAGGAAAAGGAUGGAUUGGUUUCACAUUUGACUUUUCUCUUACCAGACCUAGCAUUUAUGAUUUAAUUCUGGAAGAAUUUUGUAGUUUUGCCUCUUUCAUAUUAAUAAGUCUCAAUAUGUUGAAUACAUAAUCUAGACAAACCUCUAACUUUCCUCAGAACACUAAUGAUUAUUGCUUACUUAGUAUCUUUAAACUGGGCCUUUAUUCAAAAUUUUUGUUUGUUUGUUUGUUUGUUUGGCAUUUGGUAACUUUUCUAUGCUAUCAUUUUCAGUCAUUUUACUACUUCCAAAGUUACAACUUUUCAAAAACUCAUCUUCCUUCCAUUAAUGUUACAGAGGUGCCAACUCAGAACAUUUGCAAUUCUCUCCACUGAUACCUUGACUGAGAGGUUUAAGGCCUUAGUUAAAACCCAUCCCAUUUGCCACGAGCUACUGAAGCCAAGGACAAAUGGCCUGACUUGUUCGUGAAAAUGCUUUUCAGGGCUGCCGUCCCCUCUGCACCAGGCGGCUGACCUGGGCCAUCACAGUAUUCAUUGGAGAGUUGGGAUGCAAGUCACAGACACAAAAAUCAGGGUCUGACAGCUGAAACCUUUAUUCAUUGGCAACUUUCGAGUUUUUUUUUUUAUUUUUUCUUGUGUCAUUCUGUUUACUGAGCAUUUGCACUAGCAUGUUUGAGCAUCUGUUUUAUUUAUUUGUUCUUUGGAAUCCUGUGUUUGACAGCUGAGUUGAGGAAUCAGACCUUUCCCUUCCUAUGCCUUCACUAACCAGGGCAGAGUUGUGAAGAUUCUAGAAUGCUGUAAAUCCUCAUCAUACACCAUGACGUGCAAUUUCAUGACCUUCCUACCGGGAGCCAUGUGCCUCGCCUUAGACGUAAUGUCACACGUGUCAUUUUCUAAUGUAUAGGGCAGGCAGUUGAACUGCUCUCUGAAUACUUGAAGAAAUGGUAUUACACAUAGAAGCCUCUUGGUUAUACCUUUUCACAAUCUUCUUGCACCAUUGCCAUUACAAGGGAAACAAAAGCCACAGGCAAUGAAUGGUGGAAUGGUAACUGAACUUUGAGUGUAUGAAUGAGUCAGUUUUACUGUAUUUUGGGAUUGGAUGAAGUUAAUUCUAGGCACUGACUGUAUGAUAAGCCUGAAGCUAAUCUCCACUGUGAACCAACCUUAAAAUAAUAAACAUGAUUUAAAAAAUAGAGAAAUGUUGUUGAAUUAAAAUUUUUACUCAGACUUUGUUUCCUAGUGUUAUGUAUAGUCAUUAUAUGUUUCUGAGACAAGCUUUCUAACUUUUAUAUGUAUGUAUGAGUGUGAACACAGUAAACUGCGUGUGAGAA